GUUGACAGGUCUGCUCGAAUAGUGUAAAAUUGAAUUUGAAUCAAAACAAAUUGCUAAAACUCGUGAAGUGAAUAACUUUUAACCAAUUUUACGGGAAAAGAAAAACUAAUCAGUACUAGUGAAUCAAUAGGAAUGGCUACGACCCGAGUAAAAACACGUGAAACAAAGUCUGGAGAGGUUAUCGCUUACAGCGAGGCGGCAAUCAGGAAUAAUGCUUCUGCCGUAGAAUAUUGUCGCACGUCGAUGGCCGCUUUAUCUGGAAGCACAGCUGGUGUACUUGGGCUGACGGGUAUUAUCGGCUUCCUGUUUUAUAUAGUAGCCGUGCUCGGGCUUUGGUGCAUGUUGCUACUCAAAUCUGGAACCAAUUGGCAGAAAUAUUUUAUCAGUCGGAAGAGUUUACUGACGAACGGAUUCUUAGGGGGACUUUGUACGUACGUACUGUUUUGGACAUUCCUCUACGGGAUGGUGCACGUCUAUUAAAGGUGAUUCAAUAUUGAGUUAUAAAUUUGCCCUUCAUUUUUUGACAAAACAAUAAUAUAUAGAAAACCCACAUUUACUUUAUACCAGAUUGUAUCAAAACAAAAUUAUUUCUGCGCAGUUACAAUAUAAACAAUAUAAAAAUGAUGGAGCAAUAA